UAAUAAUAAAAUACACCCUCUUUCAACAAGACACCCUCUUUCAAGUUGUUGCAAUUAUUUUACUAUUGCAGUCCAAUUUGAAAAAAUUUGGGAGCAAUUGUAUCCCAUUGUAUUUAUUUAUUCUGAUCUACGAUCUACGAACUACAGAUUUCUCAUUUCACUUUCAGAAAAUGGGCGCAAUUACGAAGCUAAUAGACAUAAUACUCUUCCUGUUCUUUCUCGUAAUUGCGGUGGCGGCGCCGUUGAUCGACGCGCAGACGUGUCUCCCUUUGAGCUACUUCCCGGAAUUAUUGAUCAAUCUGAAGCAAUGGUACGGCCACGAGUAUGGGGACUAUCUCUUAUCUGAGAAGCCACAUUUCUUCGUCGGAAUUGUUUGGCUUGAGCUUCUAUUUCAAUGGCCUCUCGCUCUUUUCAACUUGUACGCAAUUUUGGCUUCUAAGCCUUGGUUUAACACGACUUGCUUGAUCUAUGGCGCUUCUGUUUUCACUUCCAUGAGUGCAAUAUUAGCGGAACUGAUGGGGUCUGGCAAGGCAUCUGACAAGUUGAUGAUGAUUUACUUUCCUUUCAUGGGUCUUGGAAUAUUAGCUAUUUUGCGUGGGCUAAUGCCUGUCUCUGGCAAGAGUGCUUCAGCCAUGGGCAGCAAGAGACCUCCAUUGCUAAAGAAAAAGAGGGUUUGAAAAAUGACUUUUUUUUUUUUUUGUAUUUCUCUUGUUUGAUUGACUGAUUCUGAGAUUUUUUUUUUCUUAUUCAUGAAAAGUCCUUGCGUUCCAUUAUUUGAAUUUUGAUUCUAAGACUUGUGAACUUUCUCUGUUUGAAUGGAAAUGCAUGACUGGAAUGGACAAUUGGCUCAUUUCAAAAUAGAAAUUUGUGAUUUUUUCUUUUAAUU